AUGCCUGUUUUUGAAGACUUGCCAUCAAGAAGCGCAUCGCAAGAGAUGCCACAAUCGAAUCCUACACCACCUCCGACAGUGUCUCCAGAAAUUUCUUCUGCAAAAACUCCUAAACUUCCUGCAUUUUGGAAGGAUGAACCAGAGGUUUGGUUCCUUCAAGUUGAAGCAAGUUUCCGUAUGUGUGGAAUAACUCAAGACACUACCAAAUUUGAAUAUUUGGUAAUGAAUUUGGACCAAUCUGUAUUAUUUUUGGUUAAAGACAUAAUUAUUUCUCCACCUACAUCUGGUAAAUAUGAAACUCUAAAAGAUCGCAUAAUCAAAUCAUUCGCUGAAUCUGCAGAGCAUCAACUAAAACGAUUACUAAGUGGUAUGGAUAUGGGUGACCAAAAACCAUCCCAUUACCUUCAACGCUAA